AGAUUAAAAGCUAGUGUUCUGAGUGGCUGUAGGAAGGAGAUCGAGAUGCUUGAUGCUGUGACACUGUGCUGCCCAUUUCUGUGACCCAAGUUUUCAUUCGGUAUACAAUACUGACUCAUCGGAUAGCCCAUCGUAACUCUUAGUUGUCGGUAAACAAGUAUGUCGGUAAGUGAGGAGAGGCUGGAUAGUAAAUAUAUGCUUUUGACAAAAUAAAAAGAAAGGGUGUAUUGCAGUAUACUAAAUCACUAUACAUACAUGGUUGAUGUUGUGUUAAGAAGUGGAUUAACAAGAUUCAGUCAGACCAGUGCAUGUGAGGAAAUAGGCUAUUUCUUGUUCAUUUGUUAUUUCAAACCUGCGACCCGAGUCUGAUAAUUUUACCAUGAUUAUGCCAUCAUGCAUAAAACACUGUGUGAUUGCUACAUUUUUAUCACGUUUAAGUUUACGAAGUCUGUAUAGUAGGUUCUGUCACUUUUUAGUUAGGCACUCAUGAUUGAGGAACUUAUUGCAUCCUUUUUUACGUCAGUGGAAUGGAAUCUUAACAUAGUACUUUGCUUUUGACCUGGCCUGCCUAGCAGUCAGGCCUCCAUGAUAUGACGAGGAUCAAUGUUAAUAUGUAUCUCAUUUUUUAUUAGCUGAAGUGCUUUGUUGAUGCAGUUGUCAUGGCUUGUAUCUGAUAGUAAGUUAGUAUGCCCCUUGCCUAGCGAUGAAUUUGUUUACUGAUGUGGUCUUAAGAAAUGCCUUAAAGUCUUGAACAUGUACUCACUGGAGUGGACGAGAGAGAGAGAUACAUGAUAAUGUAUACCUGGAAGGUACUUGAGGUCUUUGUCCCAAAUCUGCAUACCACCCUUACAGCAUACUUGAGGAAUAGACUAGGGAGGAAGUGCAAAAUAAACCCAGUGAAAAGCAAGGGUGCAGUUGGGACACUAUAUCAACAUUCCUGGCCCCAGAGUGUUCAGCAUCUUACCGGAACAUAUCAGAAACACUGCUGGAACUAUUGUAUUAGUCUUCAAGAGAAAACUAGACAAGUAUCUUCACCAGGUACCAGAUCAAGCAGGCUGUGAUAGAUAUAUUGCUGCAGGCCUCCAGCAGCAAUAGCCUGGUUACCCAGGCUAGCAUCAGACGAGCCUGGCCCAUGGCCGGACUCUGAAAGUAGUAAGACUCUCAAAACUCAUCAAAGGUAUAUCAAAAGUAAUAGCUAAUUGUGGUUCUUUGUGGUGCUAGUGUUAUUAUGGUGGUUGUAGUAGUAACUUGUUGUGGUGUUGGCGCUAGUAGCUUCUUGUGUUGGUGGUGCUAAUAGCUGAUUGCGGUGUUGGUGUUGCUAAUAGCUUGUUGUGGUGUUGGUGGUGCUAGUAGCUUAUUGUGGUGUUAAUAGCUGGUUGUAGUGUUGGUGGUGCUAGUAGCUUGUGGUGUUGGUGUUAGUAGCUGAGCAUGGUGUUAAUAACUGAUUGUGGUGUUGGUGGUGCUAGUAGCUAAUUGUGGUUGUGAUGCUAGUGGCUGAUACAUGAUAAUAUAUACUUGGAAUAUCCUACAGGGACUAUUCCCAAAUCUGUACAUGAAAAUCACUCCUUACAGAAGCAAAAGACUUAGCAGGCGGAGCAACAUUUCCCCAGUGAAAAGCAGUGGCACCACGAGUACACUAAGAGACAACACAAUAUGUGUCAGGGGCCCAAAACUGUUCAACUGCCUCCCAGCAUACAUAAGGGAGAUUACCAAUAGACCCCUGGCUGUCAAGACUGUGCUGGACAGACACCUAAAGUCAUCCUGGUAGCAGAGGCUGGUACUGGUAGUACCAGUACUGCAGGUCAUCCUGGUAGCAGAGGCUGGUACUGGUAGUACCAGUACUGCAGGUCAUCCUGGUAGCAGAGGCUGGUACUGGUAGUACCAGUACUGCAGGUCAUCCUGGUAGCAGAGGCUGGUACUGGUAGUACCAGUACUGCAGGUCAUCCUGGUAGCAGAGGCUGGUACUGGUAGUACCAGUACUGCAGGUCGUCCUGGUAGCAGAGGCUGGUACUGGUAGUACCAGUACUGCAGGUCAUCCUGGUAGCAGAGGCUGGUACUGGUAGUACCAGUACUGCAGGUCAUCCUGGUAGUAGAGGCUGGUACUGGUAGUACCAGUACUGCAGGUCAUCCUGGUAGCAGAGGCUGGUACUGGUAGUACCAGUACUGCAGGUCAUCCUGGUAGCAGAGGCUGGUACUGGUAGUACCAGUACUGCAGGUCAUCCUGGUAGUAGAUAUUAUUCUUGUAGUGUUAGUUUUUAUUAUCAUAAUGCUCCUGUAAAUGUCAGAUUCUGAAAUAUAUAGUGACAACACUGUGUUACUACAGUGUUAGAAAUAUAUAGUGACAACACUGUGUUACUACAGUGUUAGAAAUAUAUAGUGACAACACUGUGUUACUACAGUGUUAGAAAUAUAUAGUGACAACAGUGUUACUACAGUGUUAGAAAUAUAUAGUGACAACACUGUGUUACUACAGUGUUAGAAAUAUAUAGUGACAACAGUGUUACUACAGUGUUAGAAAUAUAUAGUGACAACACUGUGUUACUACAGUGUUAGAAAUAUAUAGUGACAACACUGUGUUACUACAGUGUUAGAAAUAUAUAGUGACAACAGUGUUACUACAGUGUUAGAAAUAUAUAGUGACAACACUGUGUUACUACAGUGUUAGAAAUAUAUAGUGACAACACUGUGUUACUACAGUGUUAGAAAUAUAUAGUGACAACACUGUGUUACUACAGUGUUAGAAAUAUAUAGUGACAACACUGUGUUACUACAGUGUUAGAAAUAUAUAGUGACAACACUGUGUUACUACAGUGUUAGAAAUAUAUAGUGACAACACUGUGUUACUACAGUGUUAGAAAUAUAUAGUGACAACACUGUGUUACUACAGUGUUAGAAAUAUAUAGUGACAACACUGUGUUACUACAGUGUUAGAAAUAUAUAGUGACAACACUGUGUUACUACAGUGUUAGAAAUAUAUAGUGACAACAGUGUUACUAAGGAGUUAGAAAUAUAACAUUUACAAUGUCAUCUGUGUCAUGAAGUUGUUGUGUAAUAAUACUGAUAAACAUCACAUUAACAUUUUAGUGUUAAACAUCAAAUUAAUGUCCUAAUGUUAAAUAUCACAUUAACAUCCUUGUGUUAACAUCACCUUAACAUCCUAGUGUUAACAUCACCUUAACAUCCUAGUGUUAAACAUCACAUUAACAUAUUUGUGUUAAACCUAAGUGUUAAGCAUACAUUAACAUACAAAUAUCACCUUAAAAUUGCACUGUUAAACAUCACCGUAACAUCCUAAUGUUAACAUCACAUUAACAUCAUAGUGUUGAACAUCACAUUAGCAUUGUAGUGUUAAACAUCACAUUAACACUGUAGUGUUAAACAUCACCUUAACAUCCUAGUGUUAACAUCACAUUAACAUUGUAGUGUUAAACAUCACCUUAACAUCCUAGUGUUAACAUCACAUUAACAUUGUAGUGUUAAACAUCACCUUAACAUCCUAGUGUUAACAUCACAUUAACAUUGUAGUGUUAAACAUCACCUUAACAUCCUAGUGUUAACAUCACAUAAACAUCGUAGCGUUAAACAUCACCUUAACAUUGUAGUGUUAAACAUACAUUAACAUCUUAGUGUUAAACAUCACAUUAACAUCUUAGUGUUAAAGAUCACAUUAACAUCGUGGUGUUAACCAUCACAUUAAUAUCUUAGUGUUAACAUCACAUUAAUAUCUUAGUGUUAAAGAUCACAUUAACAUCUUAGUGUUAAAGAUCACAUUAACAUCUUAGUGUUAAAGAUCACAUUAACAUCUUAGUGUUAAAGAUCACAUUAACAUCGUGGUGUUAACCAUCACAAUAUUUUAGUGUUAACAUCACAUUAAUAUCUUAGUGUUAGCAUCACAUUAACAUCAUAGUGUUAAACAUCAUAUUAACAUCCUAUUGUUAAACAUAACAUUAACAUCGUACUGUUAAACAUCUUGAUGUGUUAACAAACAUAACAUUGUAUUAUCUCUGUAAUAAGAACUUUGUUGUAAUAUUUGUUGUUAUUAAACUCUUGUGAAAACUUUAUUGAGAAACAUUGAAAUUCAUGAAGAAUAUUAUAGAAGCCUUCAAGGUAAGUGCUGGUCAUCUGCUUGUUUGAUCCAAGGAAUUAGAGAUAACUUCCUAUUUUUGUAAAUAUCCAUCCUAUUCUUUAAGCACAGUUUAAACCGUACUGGUUUAGUGCUUGACAAUGUUUAUAAUGUAAUAAUAGAGUAUUAGAGAUAUAUUAUUUUUCAAUGUAAGAAUAUGAUCACAGAAACUGUAUGUUGUUAAGCAUUUUAUAAUUCAUUUAUGAGAGUAUUAACCCAUCUUACUGUAUAUUACAUAGGUCUACAUUAUUGACCCAGUGUUACUCAUGUAGGUCUACAUUAUUGACCCAGUGUUACUCAUGUAGGUCUACAUUAUUGACCCAGUGUUACUCAUGUAGGUCUACAUUAUUGACCCAGUGUUACUCAUGUAGGUCUACAUUAUUGACCCAGUGUUACUCAUGUAGGUCUACAUUAUUGACCCAGUGUUACUCAUGUAGGUCUACAUUAUUGACCAGUGUUACUCAUGUAGGUCUACAUUAUUGACCCAGUGUUACUCAUGUAGGUCUACAUUAUUGACCCCAGUGUUACUCAUGUAGGUCUACAUUAUUGACCCCAGUGUUACUCAUGUAGGUCUACAUUAUUGACCCCAGUGUUACUCAUGUAGGUCUACAUUAUUGACCCCAGUGUUACUCAUGUAGGUCUACAUUAUUGACCCCAGUGUUACUCAUGUAGGUCUACAUUAUUGACCCAGUGUUACUCAUGUAGGUCUACAUUAUUGACCCCAUGUAGGUCUACAUUUUAAGCACAGCUCUCUCACAUUUGCUGUGAGUAGUAAAUUUGGGUGUAGAUAUGGGAGGAUGUAUCUUAGGAGUGAGUGCACAGUAUAAAUCAAAUCCUUCCCCAGGUAUUGCUUGCUGAGAAAAACACACCUCUGACCUUCUGUUUGAUUUUAAAUAGCGACUUUGAGGUGUUUCUAGGAUGUAUUUUCCGGUUUUGUGACUGUUACUUGGUAUUAAUUGAUGAAAUGGACAUCAUUCUGCUGAAAAAGAUAAUUUGGUUGCUCUUAGAACCAGAAGCAGCUUGAAAUAUUUGACUUUUGAUAAUUUUUUUCUUUAGGAAAGACUCACUUUUUCUCCUCAUCUUUUUUUUUUUAUGGGUUUUUACUAGGUCUGCUUCAAUUGUUGGGAUGCCCUAAAUCAUGACAAUUUUUCCUGGUUACUUUUUAUUAUCUGAGAAAUAGGGUAAAUCUUAUAUUUUGUGUGUUAUGAUGGAUUUAGAACAGAAGGAAGGUGUAAUUUACUAGAGGCCAGGCGAGAUGAUUAAUGAACAAAUGAUACAUUUCUGGAAUGAAUACUCCAUUUAUUUCUUAUUGUUUUCAAAUCAGAAUUUGUUGAAUUUUGUGUAAAAUUAAUCAACAACUCUUAUGCACUUUGGCUACUGUGAAUAAGCUAAAAAUUUCUUAGGAAUGAGCAAAGGGUGAAGUUGCUGAUGUGCAAAUUGUGCUCAGAUUGCCAACCUUGUGCCUCCUUAAUUCUAUAAAUUUGCAUCACAUUUUGUGUUUCUGGGGUCAUUACCUUACCAAAAAAUUCUCUACCAUUUCUGAAGAAAUUUUUCUCCUUGUAGAAAUCUUGACAUUUCAAGCACUUUUACUUUUUGGGUCCAUAUAGUGAAAGGGUUUUGCUCACUAUGUCUAAUAUAGUUGAAAAAGAAAGUGUCCAAGCAACACAUGUUACAGUUCGUCCAGAAACCAAACUACAUCAAUAUUCACAUUCUUCACAAAAAUCUCAGUGUGCAUCACUUGUAACAAUUAAUGAAAGAAAAAACACAGUUUUUUGUUUAAUGUGUUUGAAAGAGUUUUCUGAAAAAAAAUAUUUAAUGGGACAUAUGAAAACUCACACCAAAGAUACACAGUAUCAGUGUUGUGUGUGUCUAAAAAAGUUUUCAGAUAAAUCUUGUUUAUUAGAACACAUGAAAAAUCAUUCUGGAAAGAAACCAUAUCAGUGUUCAGAAUGUCUAAAAGAGUUUUCAGGUAAAUCAGGUUUAGUAAAACACAUGACAAUUCAUACUGGAGAGAAACCAUAUCAGUGCUCAGAGUGUCUUAAAGAGUUUGCCAGAAAAAAUGUUUUAGUAGAACACAUGAGAAUUCAUACUGGAGAAAAGCCAUAUAAAUGUUCAGAGUGUCUAAAAGAGUUUAACGCAAAGCAAAUUUUAUUGAAACACCGGAGGAUUCAUACUGGAGAGAAGCCAUAUAAAUGUUCAGAGUGUCAAAAAAAUUUUUCACAAAAGUCUCAUUUAAUACAACACAUGAGAACUCAUACUGGGGAGAAACCAUAUCAAUGUUCUGAGUGUUUAAAAGAGUUUACAGGUAAAUCGUCUUUAGUACAACACAUGAGAAUUCAUACUGGAGAGAAACCAUAUCAGUGUUUAGAGUGUCUAAAAUGUUUUUCAGAUACAUAUACAUUAGUAGAACACAUGAGAAUUCAUACUGGAGAGAAACCAUUUCAGUGUUCAGAGUGUCUAAAAGGGUUUUCACGAAAAUCUUGUUUAGUAAAACACAUAAGAAUUCAUACUGGAGAAAAACCAUAUCAGUGUUCAGAGUGUAUAAAGGAAUUUUCACAAAAACCUAAUUUAGUACAACACAUGAAAAUUCAUACUGGAGAGAAACCCUAUCACUGUUCAGAGUGUGUAAAAGAGUUUUCACAAAAAGCUAGUUUAGUAAAACACAUGAGAAUUCAUACUGUAGAGAAACCAUUCAAAUGUUCAGAAUGCCUAAAGACAUUUACAGAUAAAUCAAAUUUAGUAAAACACCUCAGACUUCAUACCAGUUAGAAAUCAUAUCAAUGUUCAAUUUCCCAAAAAUCAAAUUGAUUGAAAUAAAAAAAUCACAUGGGAGGGAAAAUUUUUUAGUGGAUAGUAUGAACAAAAGAUAUGGUAAUAUAUGACAGUAAUUAACCAUUUUAGGGUCCAGACCCCUGAUCUGAAAAUUGCUCUCAAGGUCUAAGGAUUUAAAAAAAAUAUAUUUUUCCUUAAAGACUGAAAGAGUAUCUUUUAGUGGAGGUAAUGAAAUCAAAGAAAAAAAAUUUCCAUCAGUAUUUACCUAGAAAUAGAGGCACGAAAUUGACAGUAAAUACACAAAUAACCCGCACAUAGAAGAGUUAUUUGUGUAUCGUUCCAGUCAUGGUAUUGUGCCUUUUUUAUUGACAGUAAAUCACUGGGUGAUGGCAACAUCGGCAACUGCUGUGCACUCCAUAUUGGUUUUUUAAUUUUAUUGUACAUUUUUUUGUUCUUUUUAAAUACAGUGGAACCUCUACUUACAAGUGCAUCCAUGUGCAAGUUUUUCCACAUGUAAGCAGUCACUCAGUCAAUUUUUUGUUUCCAGACGCGAGUGAAAUUUCCAGAUGAGAGUGGGCCUCAAGGGAGAUUCCUUGACACUGGUGAGGGGCUCUUGCUUUUGAAUUAGGGAAUUAGAUCUAAGUUGUUUGUUGGACUAUCUUACUGAAACUUGGGCAAUGUAUAUUGGAAAGAUGCUUUUGAACAUACACCAAAAAUGAAAGAAAUCGGACCAUAAAUAACCGAGUUUAAUUCUCAGGCAUUAGCCACCCCUUAGUGGCAUUUCUGUAUGGUUUCUUGGUUGUAUUCUCAUUUUUUUUGGUCUCAGUUGAUAGAAUGGACAAUAUGUUACAGAAAUAGAUAGGAUUUUGAUUGGUUUCAUGACAAAAAGUACCUUUAAAUUGAGCUUAAAUUAGCAUAAAUGUUCGAUUUUUUGGCGAUAUUCAAGAGUAAACAAAUGACGUCACUCCAUUCCAA